CGCCGUGGUGGGAGUGUUCAGUCAAGGCGUGGACACCGUAGUGGAUGCACGUACGCCCUUCCUCCGUGACACUCCCCCUUUUCUCACCCACUCUCGCUCUUGAUGGAUUUACUGAUGGGUUUUUGAUACGCGAGUGGCAGUGAAUAUUUUUGAACGUUUUUGAACCUACUGACUGAACUCUUCGGCAGCAAGACGAAGCACCACACAGCAGCACCAGCAUGGCCCUGUCCUGUCCUGAACUGGUGCCGGAGUCGUGGCUGGCGCCCUCACACCUCGCUCACCCAGACGACCUUUGGAUUAAGUUUGAGAAGUUUGAGUUUGACAAUGAACGCACGCUGGUCCUACCUAACCCAUCCCCCACCAGUGACCAGCAGUUCGCAUCUUUCCUAGACAUGGGAGGGGGUGGUAUAGCCGGGGCCCUUCACCCACCAGGCGCCCUUCCCACCCCCCCACACUCCCCACCCACUGAGCACGAUCUGGAUGACUUGGUGGCGUCCAUUCCUGAGAUAUUAGAGUCGCCUUCUGCAUCGCCGCCGUCAGCCAUCAGCGAGAUCCUGUCAGAUUUGGAGGGCAUGGAGGCAACAUCCUCACCGCCGCGUCUUGAAGGAACCUGGGGCGCUGACUGGUGGGGCAGCGCGCUCGUCACCCCGCCCAUUGAGGCAUCUAUCAAGAGAGACAUCAUGUGGGGCGGUGGUGGGUCCUGUAGCAGCACGAACAACACCACAACAGUCACCACCACGACCACCACUCCUGCAGCCACUGUCGUCACGCCCAAAGUGGAGGUGAAGAAGGAGAGGCAGGAUUCUGAAAGCUCAACGGAAGCCUAUCGCGAUGUGAUUUAUUCAGAUGACCUUUCUGACGAGUCUGACACGGAUGACCUGCCCGACACCCCCUCCUGUACUGAUAGUGACUGCGAUGCUGAUGAUCCCCUAUGGACGCCGCCUCACCAUCCCCACCAGAAGCACCACCAAGUCGCCACCACCACCCCUGCUGCUGCUGUCACUCCUGCAGGCACCACGCUAAGUCACCAAGCCACCCCUGCUGUCGAUAUCGAGCAUAACUACUGUGAGCCAAACCACCACCUUCACCACCACCACACCACUGGGACCAUCACGCCUUCUGACACCGAGGACGAAGUAGACGUGGUAUCCUGCCCAGAACAGGACAUGACCACCACCACCACUACCACCACCACCACCACCAACUCGAGACUGCUCCCUCCCGCCACCCAGACCCCAGCCACCACCACCACCACCACCAAAGCCUCUGUGGACGUGAAGCGACAACUGCAGCUGGCGAUUCAAGAGGCGGUGAGGAACAGGCAGAACAAAAAUGGCGUUGCGAGUACUGGUGGUGAUGGUGGCGAGGUGGCGGCCCCUACUAGACUUGUUUCGGUGAAGAUCAAGACACAGGGCAAGCCAGCGGCGUACACCAAGAGAAUGAGGGACUAUCAUUCUGAGGUCGUCAAGUCCACCAAGCACAGGAGGAGGAACAAGGGGGACAAUGACGAGGGGCGGCGGUCGGUCCACAACUCCCUGGAACGGCAGAGGAGAGUCGACCUGCGGAAUGCCUUUGAGACUCUCCGCCAGCUGGUCCCAGACACCAAGAUCCAGGAGAAGGCCCCUAAAGUGCAGAUUCUGAAGAAGGCAGCCCUCCAUUGCAAAAACCUCCAGCAGGCAGAGCUCCGACUGCUGCGGGAGAAGGAGAAGCUUAAGAGACAACUGCAGGAGCUUGAGCAGAGGAAAGCUUUGUGUUGUGGUACCUCCAGUUGAGCUUAAGCCUCAGAAUUCUACAUAUUUCCUGUUUAUUUUUAAGUUUGUUUGUGUUUCCUCUCGGUUUUUAUAAUUUUUUUUACUCUACGCUCUUUGUUCUUUAUUUUUCUUGUCUGUGCAUCCCAGCGUUCCUCUUCUUCCUCCUCGUCGCUUCUUCCUCUUGUUUGUACAGUUAGUGAUAAGGCUAAAUGAUUUUCUAUAGUGAGUGUGUAUAUAAUAAUUAUCCGAUUACUAGGAACUAUUUCUAUUACUACUACUACUACUACUACUACUACUAUGAGGGGAGCAUUCAUUGUAAUAUUACUAGCCUGUUACUUGAGUGUCUGUGUGUACAUGUGUCUGUAAGUGUGUGUGCGUGUGUGUGUUUACUCCUAGUGCCUGACAUGGAGUCGCCAAAAAGGACCCUAGGAAGGAAAAAAAGGAAUUAUUAUUAUUUUUUAUUGAGUUUUGGCGACUGAUGCUUUAAUUAACUACGGCUAAAAAGAAAAUGAGAGAUUUUUUUGUACUGUUUUGAGAGAGACUGAGAGAGAAAGGGAGAAGAAAGGAUAAUGUUGAUGUUUUCUGAUAAAUUUUAAAAAGUUGGGACUUUGAAAAGGAACAGAAAUUUACAAGUAGAAUUGUGGGAAGAAGUUGGGAAGAGAAGUUAAAUUUUAUCUGAAUAUUAUUACUGUUUAUCUGAGUUACUUGUGAUGGAAUUCAAUGAGAGGGAGAGAGAGAGUGAAAAUAGAUGAUAAUUAGCUAAUCUUGUUUCAUAUCAUUUAAUUUUUUGAUGGUGAAAUAAUCUUGUUGAAGCAUCAAAAUUAUUAUUAUUAUUAUUAUUAUUAUUAUUACUGAUGCUGGUGACGAUUGGUGGUGGAAAGAACAGACUGAUUUUCUUUCCUUUUUCAUUAUCAUUAAUAUUUUAUCUUUUCUAUCUUUAUUGAGGAGGCGUUGUGGUGGUGGUGGUGGUGGUGGUGGUGCAGAUAUAGAGAGGAGAGGCUUGUGUGUUUUCUCUUAUUAUUAUUAUCAUCAUUAUUACUUUUUCUAUCUAUAUUCAUGUGGAGGAGUCUUUUUUUGCUUAGUUUCUACUGCAGGAAUUAUACCAAAGUGCACCGCUGCGUGUGGUGGGGCGCCUGUGUUCCUCGGAGAGAGAGAGAGAGAGGGAGAGAGAGAGGGGUGAGAGAGAGAGAGAGAGAGAUGCGUAGGAUGUCGGUAACACCUGUGCUUUACCGAGACACAGAAAAUGAUGAAAAAAAAAAUGAUAACUCAGUUGUAUGUUCCUUAAGUUAUAUAUUAUAUAAAUAUAUAUUAUAUCUAUAUUGCUUGCCAUGAUCUUAGGAUACUGUGUGCUGAGAGAGAGAGAGAGAGAGAGAGAGAGAGAGAGAGCUUGUGUGAGGCUUGGAGGCUGUUUUAGACUGGUGGGGAGUGACAGACAGACAGACAGACAGGCCACACACUAAACUGCCUUAACAAUACAUCAUUUUAACCAUGCAGAGCCAGUGUCUGACAGACAGACAGGCAGUAAAGGAGGCUGUGGUGGGGAGUGACAGACAGACAGACAAACAGACCAUAUACCAGACUAACUUAGCAAUGCAAGACACAGAGACAGACACCUGAAGUAACAAUGCAAUGACAAACAGACAGACAGACAGACACACAGCCUUAACCUUUUUGAGUAAUGAAGUAACAAUGCAGUGUUUUGAGGAGCAGUGACAGACAGACAAACAGACAGACAGACAGACAGACACACAGCCUUAACCUUUUUGAGUAAUGAAGUAACAAUGCAGUGUUUUGAGGAGCAGUGACAGACAGACAGACAGACAGACAGACAGACACACAGCCUUAACCUUUUUGAGUAAUGAAGUAACAAUGCAGUGUUUUGAGGAGCAGUGACAGACAGACAGACAGACAGACAGUAACUCACACUUAGGUCACUUCUUUGCCGCAGUGAGCUCAUUCACAGGUCAGCCCAGGAGAGGAGAGGUAGAAAGUGAAGAUUUUGUAGGAAGAAAGAUAAAGUUUUAUCCCAAUCCAACACACCCAGACCUAGCUUAACCAGACCCAACCCAGUAUUCAGAGCAGGCACAAAGUCAUGACCUAACUUAACCUAACACAGUAUUCAAGGCAGGCAGAAAGUUAAGAUUUUGUUAGAAGGAAGUUAAAAUUUGAUCCCAACCCAACCCAGACCAGACCUAACCUGACUUAACACAGUAUUCAAGACAAGCAGAAAAUUAAAAUAUUGUUAAGGGAAACUUAAAUUUUAUUGCAACACAGACCAGACCAGACCUAACCCAACCUAACCUAACCAGACCUAACCUAAUAUUCAAGGCACAAGAAAGUUGACGUUUUGAAGGUGUACAAGUCAAGAUUCCUAUGGUAACCCAACAGCCAGACAAGACCAGAACCUCCCCUCUCCCCGCCCCCCACCUCCCUAGCGUGCAUGCCAGCAGCCUCCCAGCCUCCCAGUGUGCACGAGAAGACCCGUACCUGUGUGUGCGUGUAUGUAUGUGUGCGCGUGUGUGUGGUCCCUACUUCCAUGAUUCUCAUUCGUCUAAUGGCAGACAAAAAAAAAAAAAGACAGAGGUUGUGGGUGUGUUUGUACGUGUGUGCUUGUGUGCGCGUGUGUUUGUAGUGAAGAUAGCGCUGCAUUGGUGCUUUAAGGAGACUUGGGCUGCUGUGUUGAGGCCUACAAGAGACAGUUAGGCCUAUCCUCCUCCCUUUUGAUAAUGUUUUGAUAACUUUAUAUAUAUACCUUUAGGCGAGGAAGCCUAGCCAAGCCUUGUACUGUAUGUAUGCCCGUGUUCAAACCUGUGUGUUUUGUAUCUACUGUUUUCUUGAAGCUUGGUUGCCAUAUAUAUGUGUAUAGAGAGAGUGUGCAUGUGUGUGUGUGUGUGUGUGUAUGUGUGUGUGUGUGUGUCUGUAACUUUUUGUACUUAAUGCAUAAGAUUUAGUGUACAGCAGUGCCUGAUCCUCUCCUUAAGCACAUCACAUGCAGAAUAAUGCUCAACGUAAUUAGUUUGAAGGAUAAAUAGUGAAUACAUAAUGUUGAUAUAGAGGUAGAUAACAAAACAACCCAUUUGCUACACCAUUUUGUAUGUUGCCUGGCUGGCUGUCACGAGGCCUUCUGACCCCCUCCUGCCCAUUGCUCACUUUUGUACUUACUGCUGCUGCUGCUGCUGCUGCUGCUGCAACGAACAGUUAGCCGCCACCUGCUGUGGACAACCCUAAAACAUUGGUGAUGUUGACAGGAAGCAUUGUUUGUCUGUUGCUGCACCCUGACAGUCGUCAAGGCAGAAUCAAAAUGAGAGAUUGUACGUGCGUGUGUUUGUGUGUUUGUGUGUGGGUGUGUGAACCUUUGUCAGAGGAAAUAUUGAAAGGUUUAAUUCAUUCACACACUUGUAACUUAAAUAUAUCAUGAACUUAACUAUUUAACAUCAGGAAAAGUGAUUAUACUGUUAAAAUUAUAACUUAAUGAUACAAAAUCUAUUCACAUUUAUAAUGUAAACUAAAUUUAAUUAAGUAAUUGAUGAUUUCAAGAGGGCCUGUGCUGUGCUGAGGGCCCUGUACCCUGUAACUGUACCCUGCCUCCUGCCAGUGGCCUCUCUCCACCCACCCCACCCUGCCAGGCCUACAGGAGGGCAAGCCUGCACCCACAUUAGCACAGGCUGUGCAGGCAGGCAGGAUAUACGUAAAAAUAUACAGAGAGAUGGCCACAUGCAGGGACAGAGGCAUGUACACACGCACGCACACACACACACAUACACACGUAUAUCCAGAAUAUGUAGUGUAAAUAAAUAGGAAUUUGUACUUUUACAGAUUUUUUCACAUACAUAAGCUCGAUUAUUUUUUUUCAAUAUUUUUUUUUAUUUUAUUUUACUUUGUUUUUUAUUUAUUUUUUUUUUAUAUAUUUUUUUUUUGUCCGGACGUUGUGUUUUGCUGGCGGGGUGUGCCGCCCCGCCCCGCCAGUCCCCCACACCCCCAUUUGCCCUGGGUCUCCGUGCACACCAGCUGAGUUUGAUGCUGAACAGAAACAAGAAAAUGAAAAAAAAAUGAGAGAAAAAAAGUAAAAAAAAUGAAAUAUAGAUCUAUUUUUUCACAUUUUCAGCGUACGUAGCGUUAGUUUAGGCGUGUUUGGAAGCGUUUGGACUUGCAACGUGCACGGUGGCUCACUCACUCUUUCUAUAAUGAAUGUACAAAUUUUUGGGCCUGUUUUGUAUCAUGUAAGGUCAAAAUUUAUAGUUAUGCAUACAUACAUACUAUUAUUAUUAUUAUUCAUUAUUGUAUUCAUUAUUCAUUAUUAUUGUUAUUGGUCCCCCUCCCUGUUUGUCCCAGUUCAAAGUGUGAUCAACCCAGUCUGUUAGGUCAAAAUUUACAGCCAUACAUACAUACAUACAUACAAACUGUUCACUAUUCACCAUUCCUGGUAUUGGUUCCCCUGUUUACCAUCCCAAGGUGAGAUCAAAACAAUAUUAUUACCUUUUAUUUUUAUUUUUAUUUUUUUCCCCUCACAUUUUAAGCUUUACCAAAUUGUCUCCCAUAGCAAGCGAGGAAAUUUGGACCCUUUCAAAGAUUCCUCGCUCCACUCACUCCAAUACAACACAAACAAGAAAACCUAACCAAAAACAAACCUACCUGCCCCCCUGGCCCCCCCUUCCCCCUUUUAUAAAUUUGUAAGAAUUGCCAUUUUUCAUAUCUUUAAGUCUGAAUAGGAAGAAGAAGAAGGAAAGAAAAAGAAAUGUUACUAUUUGGUUGAAUGGAAAAUUGUUUUAUGGAGAAAUUUAUCAAUCUUUUUAUUAUUUGAAGUCAUUUAUUAUUAUAGCAACAUGUUAUGAAAAUAAAUAUACCAGCUAUACAA